AUGAAAUAUACUUAUCAUGAAUCUAUAUCGAAGCAAAAAAUUGAUAAAUUGGUAUUAGAAUAUUUGAUACAUGAAGGUUAUCAAAAUGCUGCUAUUGAAUUUGCAAAAGAAUUAGAUAUAGAUGUACAAAAUCACAAUACCACUGGAGAACCGAAUUGGGAUCAAAAUCAAAUUACAAACAUUCCAGAGAAUACAAGUGAGUUGAAAGAUUUUGAAGUUUCAGAACUGAUAAUGAAUUUUUACAGUGGUAAAUUGACGCUUUCUCAAAUGAUAGGAGAUCAGUUGCAGAAUGAUUUUUCGAAAUAUAACAAAUGUAAUAAAAAGCUAUUAGCUGGAUUCUCAACUAUAAGUCAGCGUCAAGAGAUCAAGUCAUUAGUAUUAAAGGGUAAUAUAACAGAAGCAAUUUCCAAAAUAGGUCAAUAUUUUCCACUAAUAUUAGAUUCAAAUAAUUUACUUCAUUUUAAAUUAUUAAGAUUAAGUUUAAUUGAAAUGAUUAGAAGUCAUAAAUUUUCAACUCAAAUGGAAGUAGAUGAGAGAAAAUUUUUAAAUGAAAUAUUAACAUUUGUUAGAUGUAAUAUGAUAAAUAAAAUAUCAAAACUGUAUAAAUUAUUAAAAGAAAUAGAAUUUACUAUGAGUUUAUUAUGUUUUAGAUUUGAUCCAACUAUAAAAAAUUUAGAAAAUCAAAAAGAAUUACCUCAAGAAUUAAAAAAUAUUUUUAAUUUAAAUUUAAGACAUCAAGUGUUUAGAUUAAUAAACAAGGAAAUUAUAAAAGUUUAUGAUGAUGAUGAUUGUGAUGAUAAUGAUAAUGAAGGUAUUAGAUUUUCAAAUUUAAGUGAUGAUAAUGGGAUUAUAAAAGAUGUUAUAAAAAGAAUACGGAAUAAAGAUGAUAAGAUUGAUGAUUUGGAAGAUACUACUCUGAAUAGAAGUAAAUUGAAUAAUUAUGAAGGUUCAAAUUUUUAUGGAUUUGAUUUUCAAGAUUUAAAUCAUAAAAAAUAUUCUGAUUUAAUAGAUGAAUCUAUAGAUGAUGAAGAAGAUGAUAAGUUAGUGAAAAAUGGGAUUAAUUAUACUUAUGAAAUUGAUCUGGAACUGAUAAAGACUAAUGAACAAAAUUAUAUGGAAGAAAAUAUUGUUAGAACUGAUUCAAUACAGAAAAAUGAAGAAGAAAUUGAAAAUUUAAUUAAAUUAUCAUUAGAAAGUAAAAUUGAAAGGAUUUUGGAAUUGUUGGUUUUAACUGAAGAUAAAUUAACAAAUGGUAAUUUACAUAGUAAAAAAUUUAAUAAUUUAAUUAAGGAGGAUUGUUUAUAA